AUGGGCUUCUUGGGAUUUCGCGGCAAAUCGCUGCAAGCAGCCCAAAUCUGGGCUGUCAUCAUGCCAUGCUACAUCUUGUUUGGAUACAACAAUGCCGUGGGGGGAGGUCUUCUAGCACUGCCGUCCUGGAUCGCUACUUUCCCUCAAAUUAACACCGCUACUACAACCGGAGCGGAAAAGGAACAUAAUUCUACCCUCCAGGGUACUACGAUUGCCAUGUAUACGCUCGGCUGUCUGUUUGGCUGCUUGAACUGCAUCUGGCUCGGAGACAGGCUCGGCCGCAAGCGUACCAUUAUGCUUGGAGCAUUUACCAAUAUCAUCGGGGCCGUUCUGCAGUGUACUUCGUUCUCGCUGCCGCAGCUUAUUGUCGGUCGUCUUGUAUCCGGGUUCGGAUUUGGCCAUGUGACCGCCACAGCGCCCAACUGGCAGGCAGAGUGUGCUGGAGCCGACCACCGUGGAGCAGCUGUCAUGCUUGAGGGGCUUUUCAUCUCCUCCGGCCUCGCUAUUGCUGGAUGGGUCAAUCUGGGAAUGUCCACCCAUAGCGGAUCGAUAGCCUGGCGAUUCCCUAUGGCUCUUUCGGUCUUGUGGUCAUGCUUCAUCCUGCUAAAUACACCCUUCAUGCCAGAGUCUCCUCGAUGGCUACUGAAGAAGGGCAGAGCUGCCGAUGCGAAAUCCGUCCUUGCCGACUUGAACGAUGUUGACCUAGAUUCGCAAGAAGUCACCGACGCAGUAGCUGAGAUUGAGGCUUCACUCGAGCUGGCCGGCCAGGCAAAGUUCAAGGACAUCUUCAAGAACGGACCUCUCCGACUUUUCCACCGUAUGUGCCUGGCAUGCUUUGGCCAGCUCGCGCAGCAGAUGUCAGGUAUCAACGCGUUGGCCUUUUAUCAGGCCACCAUCUUCGAGGAUGAUCUUGGCCUCGCUCCAAGGACUGCAAAGAUCAUCGCGGCAUCGGUCUUUACCUGGCAGACCAUAUGCUCUCCCAUUGGUGUCCUAACAGUGGAUCGAUUCGGUCGUCGCAAGCUCAUGCUGUUCUCCGCCUUUGGUAUGGGCAUGUGCAUGGCUAUUGUUGCUGGCAGCUCUUCUCAGCUCCAUAACAUGAGUGCCAUCGGCGCCGCCGCUGCGUUCAUCUUCCUGUUCUCUCUUUUCUUCCCCACGGGCUUCCUCGGCCUCACCUUCUUGUAUGCUGCGGAAAUUUCCCCUUUGAGCCAUCGCGUGCCCAUCACGGCUAUGUCUACUGGUACCGCUUGGCUUUUUAACUUUGUUGUUGCUGAGGUGACACCGGUUGGUCUCUCUACCCUCAAGUAUAGGUACUUUAUUGUCUACGCGGCCAUCAACAUCCUUUUGACUCUGCCUGUCGUCUACUUUUUCUUCCCCGAAACAAACGGCCGGCAUUUGGAGGAAGUGGAUGCUAUUUUCCUGCAAAGCAAGAGCGUCUUCGAUACCGUUUCUAUUGCCGAAAAGAUCCCACGUGGAAACGCGGCUCGCCACUUGAUGGAGAAGACUGAGACAUAUUCUGGUCAUCAUGAAGAGGUUGCUCGGGAUGCUGAAGCGAACGAGAUUAGCGUGUAG